AUGGACACCCUCCGUCGAACGCACUGCACCUCCAGCUACCGUUCCUCUUGCUCCUUCGCCGCUGCUUCCUCCACCACCCCGCCGGUGGUAGAUACCGAUGAUGAUUUUUGGAUUCCUAACCCCUGGCUUCUGCAAUUUGACGGUGCUUGCAGACGGAACCCUGGACAAGGGGGAGCUGGUGCCGCUCUCUUCGACUCGAGCGGAACCGUGGUGUGGACGUGCUCUAACUUUCUCACCGCCAGCACUGAGACGAACAACACUGCUGAAUACACAGCUCUGCUGGUGGAGUGGAAAGCGCAGUCCGCCAUGUUGCCACGCGAUUGCUCAAUGAAGGCGACAGCAACUUGGUGCUGGCAUAAGUGCGCGGCUCGUCCAGCUGCAACAACUGACGGCCCAGGCGUUUUCGAGGUCACGUGCGAACGGAGUUAG